AUGGUGCCGUACACGGUCAUAUAUCUCGUCUCGCUCACGGUGUUCGCGGCCAUCGGGAGGCGUGCGUUCGAGCGGCAGGAGCGCCAGCUAUUCGCGGGCUUCCUGGCGGAGAAGCAGAUGCGCUUCCAGGCCGAGUUCCAGCUGUCCAGGGUGACCAGAAGCGAGGCCGUGAGGGCGGAGGACCUCGGCUCCGAUCGGUCCGCCCCGUCGCGCCCGGGGACGACGAUGAGCGCGGCUGCCUUCAACAGCACACUGCCUGGACGUCGUGGAACACGCGUCGCUGGACCAGGUCCACGCCAUUGGCCGCCGAGAGCAGUGGCUGAUCGAGGACGGCGAGCUGGAGCUCUUGCCCAACAGGGUGCUCGGCGAGGGUGGGUUCGGCAUCGUCCUUCUGGGGUCUUACCACAACACACCGGUGGCUGUGAAGGCGCCGAAGGGGAGCGUCGUUGA